GCCAGGCCUUCCAUAUCUUCUUCCAUUUCCUCCUUGUGCUUGCACUUUCACUCAGCUUUUCUUUGAGUUUGGUGGGUAAUGUUCAUAAUUGGACGAGGUGAAUAUGAAGAAGGAAUCAGCGAGAGGGGUCCUGAAGCAGAUGCUGAGUGCGUUGAGCGCCAUGGUGAAAAGGAAAAGCCGCGCCCUCAAAGCCCGUCUCAUCAUCCACUCCUUGCUUUCCAACACAAACUUCCUAGUCUCCUCAAUCUCCCACAAGCUCCACCCUUUAACAUCCACCCAUCAACACGACCAACACCGCGAAUUACAACCGCCCAUGGAAGAGGCGGAGGCGGAGGUGGAGGUGGGAGCGGAGCAGUCCCCAGAUGUGAGGCUGAGGCAGUCGCUGGUUGAGAGUGCAUUUGAUGAAGAUCAGGGCGGAGGAAGCGGAGUAGGAGGGUCGGUGAUCGAGAUGGUGAAACAUUCCAAGGAGGAGGCAGGGGAGGAGUUCUGUCUGGAACAGGACAUAGACCAUGUUGCAGACUUGUUCAUUAGGAACUUCCAUCGCCAGAUGAGGAUGCAGAAGCAGAACUCACUCACAAGGUGCUCAUGGACAGAGCCCUUUGAAGUUUGAAUUACCCUCCUUGGCUUUCCUUACACAUACUUAUUUUUUUUUGUUUGUAUGAACCAUUACUACUCACCAGGCUGCCAUCCAAUAAAAUUUUUGCCUAUAUAUAUUGUGUUCAUAGGCUUAGAUUGCUCCUUGGCUGUCUUCUACAUUGUGGGGACUUUAAACUGUGAUCA